AUGAAUUCCAUCGUCUCCUUCGGUGGUAAGGCGGUGUUCAUCGUCACCAUGGCGAUGUUGCACUGCCUUGUCGUUGGCACCAUCAUCACCAUCUCCUUCCAGCUUGCGUGCAUCAUCAGGGAAUUGCUUGCUCUGGUACGUGUCUGGACCGAUUGGAUGGCCACCCUUUUCUCGAGCAUUCCCGCCUUGCUACCGGAACCUCUCCUACACUGCUUCGAGAUCUUGGUUGUCUCUCCUCUCCGUGGCUGUCGACUCAUCAUGGUGGCUUGGUCCGCCAGAGUCAUCGGCGUCGAUACUGCCGCCGAUGUAAGCGUCAGAGGGUGGACAAACGAAGUCUGCAAUGCCGUCUGUAUGUUCGUUUUUUCCGAACUCGCCUCUCUGACCUUUACGCUCAUCGACCAUCUCGAUCAUGCCCUCUCGGAGGACGAGGGGAUGGACCGCGCCGAUAGGAAGCGAACGACCGCCGAGGCCUCUUUCCGGUCCCCUGCGAGUAAAGCUCUUGGGCUGGAGGACUCUACCGAGCGCCGGAGUGAAGUUGGAGAGCUCGAAUUCGAAGUCGUAGACGAGGGAGAGGAUCAGCAGACGCUCCGUCUACAGCUGGGUGGCGAGGACACACACCUCUAUCCAGGAGGCCGGUUUGACAAGGAGACCUCGUACGAGGAGCAUCUGCUGGACCAUGUCCUUCGGACACGCCGUGCCACUUUUUCCAUCAGUCCAACACAGCCGGCAUGGGAGAACUCCAUGAUGGAGUGGGAGAGCACCGGAGUGUCACUCACCUUGAGCGUCCCUCCUGUCGACGAGGGUUGGGAGUUGAUGGACCUUGAUGAUGCCUGCCAGCUGCACAGCUCUCACCAGCGGCUCCAGGAGACGCCCGGCGCAGCCGAGAUAGUGAAGAUUGAGUGCUCUGCGGCGUGCGAAAGCGACGCCCUUCUCGACCAGUACUUGAAUCUCCAUAACCCAUCUCUCACCGCCGACGAGGCGCGCGCUGCCGGACCGGCACCUCGCAGCGAAGAUUUGUAUGGAGUCAAAAAUGAGAGCAUGCCUGAUGUUGGCACUUUGCCGCCAUCGGCCUUCCUGACUGUUGAUGACGUGCAUCACGUCUUUAACGAGAUCGUUAAUGCCUUUUCCAUAUUGACGCUGAGCUCUGAGAAUGACGCUUCCGCAUCCGUCGCUGCCGCCAGAGUCGCGCUGGCCAACACACCGACGUCGGUUCCAGACGACAGGCUGGCCGUGACGAAGGCUGUUCCAGACCCUAUCGACGAGUUUUUCGCCGCUGGAGUGGAGAGACGAACGUUGGACGAUUUUCUCGUGGUUUUAGACGACAACCUCCCCGUCUGGACACCGCCGAAAGGGGACUCAGAGGGCAGAGCAGAUAGGCAAGACGUGAGCCCCUCGGUCCUAGGCGGCUCUGCCUUGCCCGUCCAGGAACAAGAAACGCAAGCCAAGGAAGUGUCUAUCGUAGAGACCAAAGCGACACCGGAAGUUGCCCCCGAGAGUCUGUCGUUGGAGGAGCCGAUUGACUGGGCCGCACUCUUGGAGGAAGACUUUGAGACUGUGUGGACAGCUGCCGAGGCGGAGGCGGCGCCGGCACCUCUCGUUCCCUACAACUACGUUCCAUCGAUUAGUUUCGCCAGCAUACCGACAACUGAGCCGUUGCGUAUCAAGCUCCAGGACCCAUCGGGGGUACAGCUAAAGGGCAAGGGAGGGAGCGAGGACGCCAAGGAGGCGGCCAAGACGAAAGAAGACACACCGGGAAGCAAUCCCACGCCUCGUCGUAUCGACUCCCAGCCAAGUGCAGAAUCCCCGGCCCAAGUCGUCUUCGUGGCAGGUGAUGACGACGCUCGGCCGAAAUCUCCCAAAGAACUGGUCAGCAAGCUUUUGGCAGGACCGAAUGCAACUUCGACAGACACCGCCGCAUCAUCGUCGUCGCUGUCCAGCCAGCAGGGCCUGGCACCGGACACAACGGGCGCAGCAAGCAAUCCAAGCGAGAGCGCCUUGAAGCUCAAAAAGCAGGUGGAACGCAGAAGGAGGAAACCCCCGAGCUUGUUUAUCAAGCGGAGGUAG